AUGGAGGUGUUCAAGAGCCGCUUCUUGGGCAUCGGCGUGGCCGUGGCGCACGGCGUCUUCUCCGGCUCCCUGAACAUCCUGCUGAAGUUCCUCAUCAGUAAUUAUCACUUCAACUUCCUGACGCUCAUCCAGCUGCUGACCAGCAGCACCGCGGCGCUCACCCUGGAGGUCCUGCGGCGGCUCGGGAAGGUCCAGGUGCCGGCGUUCAGCCUGCAGCUCUCCAAGGAGUUCGGCCCGGUGUGCAUCCUCUCCACGCUGCAGUCCACGCUCACGCUGUGGUCCCUGCGCGGCCUCAGCCUGCCCAUGUACGUCGUGUUCAAGCGCUGCCUGCCGCUCUUCACGCUCAGCAUCGGCGUGUGCGUGCUGAGGAAUGGCGUGCCGUCCGUCGGCGUGAUCAUCGCCGUGAUCAUCACCACCGGGGGAGCCGCGCUGGCCGGUGCCGGCGAUCUCACCGGCGAUCCCUUCGGCUACGUCACCGGCGUGCUGGCGGUCAUCAUCCACGCCUCCUACCUGGUCCUGAUCCAGAAGACCAGUCUGGACAGCGAGUACGGGCCGCUCACGGCGCAGUACGCCAUCGCCAUCAUGGCCUCCCCGGUGCUCCUCGUGUGCUCCCUCAUUUCCAUGGACACCAUCAACAUGUGGUCGUACGAGGGCUGGCAGGACCCCCACAUCACGGUCAUCUUCGUCUUCUGCAUCUUCAUCGGCUGCGCCAUGAACUUCACCACGCUGCACUGCACCUACAUCAACUCCGCCGUCACCACCAGCUUCGUCGGCGUGGUGAAGAGCAUCGCCACCAUCACCGUCGGCAUGCUGGCGUUCAGCGACGUCUCGCCGACCCGGCUGUUCAUCGGCGGCGUGGCGGUCAACACCGUCGGCUCCGUCACCUACUGCAUCGUCAAGUACUUCGAGACGAGGAGGAAGAGCCUGUACGAGGACCUGGAGGAGGCCGGCAAGGACGGAGAGAAACCGGCUCUGAACGGCGACGCGCCCGCCGACGGCGCCGGAUCCGAUCCGGGACACGCGGAGCCGGAGGGCGUGUCCAAGGAGGCGGCGGCGAACGGAGAGGCGUGGACAGGAGCCGGAGGGGCGGGCGGGGACUCCCGAGUCAUGACGGAGAAGGAGGCGCUGGAGAUGCAGAGGGAGCACCUCCACAGGGAGAACGCCGCCCCCGCUCAGUCGCUCAGUGACAGCUACGUUGGGGUGUGGAGGUCCAUCAGACACCUGCAGUUUACCAAGAAGGACCCUUUGAUUGACAACAUGGAGCAGCAGAGUCCGUGA